UGCACGGUAAACAAACGCCACACAGAAAUCUCACCUCCUGUCACCACUCGUGGUAUAUAACAGCAAUCAACGGUUGGCAAAAAUGCGUCAGUUUGAAACUGUUUGUCUUAAGCAGCUCACACUCUCUUCAUCAUGAAGUUCCUCAUUAUCCUUGCUCUGUUGGCUACUGUAUCCGCCAUGCCGGCCAAGACUUAUGUCCAGGACGUGCCCACAAACCAGGCCCCUGUCCAAGUUACAUAUGUAUCUCAACCAUACAGCUUUUCGUACUCUGUCCAGGAUGAUGAAACCUACAACGAUUACCUGCACACUGAGAAGACGGACGGAAAGGUGACAACCGGUUCUUAUCGUGUUGAACUUCCCGACGGACGGACUCAGAUUGUUAGUUACAAAGCUGACGAGAACGGAUACACAGCUGUUGUUAAAUACGAGGGAGACGCACAAUACCCAGACUAUGUCCAAAAAAAAUACUAAAUUUGGUUUAGACAAAAAUAACUUGGUAGAAAUAUUAAUCCGUUGUUAUAAAAAACAUCAUGUUUAAAUGAUGCCGUUCGGUUUUUAAUCGUUUUGUUUUGUGCGCUUGCAAAAAGAAGUGCACUUUUAAGUUCUGGAAACCCAUGUCGUUCGUUCCGCAUUAUAAAUACACAGCACCUGAAUAUUACAAUUUAAA